AAAAUAACUUUUGGUUCUUCUGUUACUGUUGUGAAAAAGAAAUUAGAAAUCUAGACUUUGAUGACUAGAUGAGAUAGAUCUAUGUCUGUAGUUUAGAAAUAUAGACAAUAUAGAUCUAGAUCUAAAGUAUGACUGAUUCAAUGUCGAUAUUUCGAUAUUAUCUAUAUGUAUAGUAUCGGACUAAUAUCGCCCAUGACACAGACGAAGCACUGCCGAUGACUAGUUAAGUUCCUGGAACUGUAACAUUGCUUGAAUGUUUUUUUAGAUGUCCUUUUUUGAAAUAUCAUGGCCUAAUACACCAAGAGGUUCUUUGUGCAAUUGUUGGCAAAUCUGUGAAGACAAUCUUCAGUAAGCCAUUAAUCCACAAUGCCUGAAUCCUUUUUGUGGCUUGUCAACUUUUCUGGAUCUGUCUUCACUUUAGGCACAUCAAAAAAGAAGUUUAAGCAGCUAGAGAACACCUGGGAUGACUCGUUACUUGUGAUGAAACUUAAUGCUAGCCACUGGUGUUCUUGGGCUUUGGGAAACAACAACAGAAUCUAUGUAUAUGUGUUAUCUUCUGAUGAGCCUAUUAUAGUACCAGAGACAACAUAUGAAAACCAGAGGUGGAAUCCUAUUAACAAUACGUUUUCUAAAAAUGCAAUGUGGCGUACUGAUCGCUAUGCAUGGAGUGACGAGACAGGAGUUUUAGACAAACCCAAGGAAAGUUUUCAUCUACCAUCAACAUAUUGGGUUUGGGAAGGUGAUUGGGGUAUUGAUGAGAACUUACGUGGAGAGGUCAUCGGAAGAGAAGGUUGGCAAUAUGCAGUGGAUUUCCCUAGAGAAUAUUUCACAGAAAAACACUGGAACAGUUUUGUGAGAAGGAGAAAAUGGAUUCGCUUUAGGAGAUUCUCAGCAACAAAUGUUUGGGUCAAAAUAUCUGAUGACGAUGUAGUGAAAAACAAUGAACGUUUUAUAGAUGUCAGUGUAGGUGGAUUUCUGUUACCUAGCCAGCCAGUAGGAUUCCUUUCAGUCUGGGCAAUUACUCAUGUUGGAAAGGUGUAUACAAGGACUAAUGUGAACCAGUACAACCCUGAAGGAGAUAGCUGGCAACAUCUAGACAGUCAUGAGACUAAAGGGCUCAUCAACAUCUCAGUUGGUGCUACAUACCUUAUUUGGGCAAUCAACUGGCAGGGUCAAGCAAUGGUCAGAACAGAUAUUACAGUCAAUACAAUUUAUGGAUCAGGUUGGAAACUUGUUGAAUACCCCAAUGAUAAUACUCGUCUUUCUCAAGUCAGUGUUGGUAGAAAUGCUGUUUGGGCUCUUAGCAGAGAUGGACAGAUUUGGUUUCGUAAAGGUACUUGUGGUGAGGAUAACUUCUGGAAUGAAAAGUCUGCCACUGGUACAAGUUGGGUCCACAUGGUUGGCCAGAUGUCUCAGAUAACUGUUUCUUCCAAUGACCAGGUGUUUGCCAUUGAUUCCUCGUAUAAAAUAAUUUACUUCCGUACCGCUAUCACUCGCUCAGAUCUGACAGGUAAAACAUGGCAGCCAAUACAUCUGGUGGAAGAUUUCACAUCUUUGCUUAGACAAGGUUUAAUUGGUGAGGGUGAUGUUUGUUACUGCGGUGAUCCAGGUCAUAUCUGCAGCCUGCAUGGGAACAAAAAGUAUAGAACAUCUUCUAAUGCAUCAAGCUGUAGUAACAUGAGUACAGCAAACACAGAUGAUGCAUCUGUUGACACACUGUCCAGGUAUGCUGUCAGUGCUCCCAUGCCCCCAGCAUGGCAGUCAACAUAUUUUCAGCCAAGUGCAGCAGCACAAAGUGGUGCUGAUAUGUCUUCUAUCAUUUCCAGUUCAUCUGAAGUUGCCAGUAAUGAGGAUUUUCUUUCUUUAAAUACAUGCCAUGAAGCAGCCUGCUUCAAUGACGUACAGAUUUCACCUGAGUUAAGUAUUUCACAGUGUAAUGCUAGUCUCAAUGCUAAAACACCUAUACAAGACACUAGUUGGUUUCAAACAGAAUUUCCUUGUGAUACAAAGUUUACUAUAUCUGGAGAGACUGAUGGACCAGGUGCUCAGUUUGAUAUUCAGUCUCUCAGUAGUGCUAAACAUGGUGCUAGUCUUUCUAAUAACAAUCAAAGUCAUGAUCAUCAAAUAUCAACACCACAGCAUAGUGAUCCAAUCAAAGAUGAAAAUAUAGAAGAGUCUUUGUUGAAUCCACUAGUCAUUAACUGCAACACUUUGUCUCCUGCCAAGUUUGAAGACAAAUCUGAACUACAAAACAAUGCUUGUCACAUUACAUUCCCUCAAGGUGGUAACACAAGCGACAAUAAUAAUCCAGAAACAGUCAAUGUAUCAAAACCUUUAUUGGAUUCUAUCACAAUAAACACUGAAUCCAUAAAUGCAUAUGCAGUUGGCCAGCAGGCUUUAAGUUCUGAACUGUUUAUUUCUAAUACAUGCACUACUUCAAAACUGUCUUUAGCUGAAAAAAGUUCUGAAGACUGUGUAGACUAUGGGAUAAUUUCUUCUCUCCAAUCAAAAGAUCCUGUCAGUUUAUUUUAUGAUGAAUCUAACCAUUCAACAUUUCCAACUGAGACUGACUCAUUACAUAGCUCUGUACACCUUGAUAAAUAUUCGAGCAAUGUUGUCAAGAGCAAUCAUUUAAAAUCAAUUCCCAUCUUCAUGGAACAAGAACUAAAUGAACAAGAUAACCAUUUUUCAAGCAUGGAGUCAGAUCACAUUAUUGAUUUUGUUUCUCUUACAGGCAGCGAUGCAGAAAAUUCUUAUACAAAAAAUGUUCAUUCUUGUGAAAACACAAAUGAAGUUCAUACCAGUGAUAGUCUGUAUUGUUCAGCUCUAGAUCAUUGUGAACUUUUUCAAGACACUCAGACAGGAAGUGAUGACAAUUUGUUUGAAGGAAUUGACUCCAGGAAUGUUGGCACACAGCUGACCUUGCUUAGCCCUUCAACUAUUGAAAAUAUUUCUACUUCUCUGAAUUUACCCGAAGAAGAUUCCCCAAUGUGUACUGUCAGCAUUAAACCUGCCAAAAAUUUGAGUUUGGCACAACCACGAUUAUGCUGGAAGUGGUUGGAUGCCACAAGUUGUGUAAUUGAUGACCCAUUGACAGUGGAGUGGCUGACAACUAAAGAGGUUGAGAAUAUCAAGAAAGUUGUCAAGAUUUCUCAGUCACUGAGAAACACUAUCUUGAAGAAACUUUGGGAGAGAAAUCAAAGAGAAGUUCAGAAUUAUACAAAUAUUGAAUUAGCUAUAACCAAUACUACAUGGGUUAAAAAGGCUUCAAUGCAAAUGUUGCACUACAGUAGAGACAAGUAUUGGCUGCCUUGUAUUGUAGAGUUUGAACAAGGAAUCAGUAACUCAACAGAAGGAUGUCUGACUGUACAUUACCAGUACAGGAAAUCACAUAAAAAUGUUCAGAUACCAUUGAGUGAAAUGACAUGUGUUAAGAUGUCCUCUGACCCAGACCACACCUCAUGUUUCUUGGUCUACACAUCACUUACUACUAUAAUACACCAACCGCUAAUGCUGAAGGCUGUCUCUGAGAGUGAGGCUGAGGAGUGGAUUGGCUAUUUGUCUGCUGCUAAUGCCAGAGCUUGGAACAUGAACUCUCCAAUAUCACCUGGCUCUAUAUGGUCCUGUACAUUCACUGGAGAUGUUUUUGUUGCACCAGCUGAGGUCACCAACAGGAAACCUUUUGACAUGUGCUGGGGCCAUCAUGGAGGUCACAUGGCAUUCAUAGAAACAGGGCCUAGUGGGGUGACCUGGGGAGUGGGCUUUGACAAAAUGCCUUAUGUGUAUAACAAAGGAUAUGGAGGAGCAGUCACAGGGGCUACCCUGAGAAUGUCAGAAAACAUCCAGAAGAUUGUAGAUUCCUAUCAUGUCUAUGUUUAUGAAAAUCAAAAAUCUUAUCUUCUGUUUGGAUGGCGAGACAAAGGUGUAUUGAGUGGAGACUUCCAUUGGAUGUCUGAGACUGGCAGGAGACUCACUGGGAAGGAGGAUGUCAAGCUUCUAUCUUCUAAGUGGCAGUGGACAAGUGACUGGUCCAUAGACUUAAAUGUUGUUGGUGGUGUUGAUGCUGAGGGAUGGCAAUACGCUAACUAUUUUGAAGGGCCAUUUCACAAACAUCGCCAAUUAGGAGAACAUUAUAGGAGAAGGCGUUGGGUCAGGAAGUGUAGAAUCAAUCUUUAUGGCCCCUGGCAGACUGCAGGCUAUUUGGGGCUGAUUGACCUCUCUAUCCAGAUUGAUCCAGUUCUAUCAAAAACUGACUUCAUAGUUAUGUGGGCAGUUGGGGCUAAUGGAAAUGUUUUGUUAAGACAAGGUGUUACAAUUGACAAUCCUUUGGGAGAGUGCUGGAUCCAUGUAGCAACUGACCUUGAUAAACCAUUCAAGUCCAUUUCUGUUGGAGGAAGGUACAGAGUUUGGGGUAUAGCCAGUGAUGGCUCUGCUUGGUAUCGUUCUGGUGUUACACAGAAACAUCAUGCAGGUAACUGUUGGCUGCAAGUCGUCCCCCCUCCUCCAGGCAAUCAUCUUCUUCAUCAAGUGUCAGCUGGUGCUACUAUAGUCUGGGCUGUUGAUACUGGAGAUAACCUUUGGCGUAGGGAGAAUAUAACGGCCACAUUUCCUGAAGGUACAGGGUGGGAGUUUGUGUCAAGUCGUGUCAAGAGAGUUAGCGUGGGACCCAAAGAUCAGGUUUGGGUUGUAACAGAUUCCAACUUCUGUAAAGCCAAACAUGGUCCAGGUGUCAUUUACAACAGAAUAGGUAUAACAGAUGAAAGACCAUCUGGUACUGACUGGGAAGUGGUAAUAGGGAGUGGUUGGGCUCAGGUCUCUGUAAGAGGUGUUUACACUGAUGUUUCACUGUACAGUGCAGCAACAACUAGUGAGGACACAUGGGAUUAACUUCACAUUCCUGACAUCUACUGAUGCAAAUACAUGUUUAUUUAUUCAUGACCUCAAGUCUUUCAGUUCAUGUUUUAGUGUCAACUUUGAAAUUGUGUUAGUAAUUUGGAUCAAUUUUUUAAAGUGUUACAGUACUAUUACAAUUUUAGUUAUGUAUUUGAAAAAUCAAUGAAUGGGAUGUUUUGCUAAAAGGCUAAGUAUGCAAGACACUUGGCUUGGCCACCUAUCAACUCAAGCAGAGUUGUGUUUACUGAGCACCUAAAGGCAGCAUGGAAAAACAUUUUCCCAGAUACCCUCUCCCCCCACUGGUCCACAAAUGAGAUUGGACCAUAGCACUCUGAGCAUCCUAUAAGCAUGAAAGUUAAAACAAAAAUAUAUAAAAAUAUUUGUCCAUCAUAAUUGACAACAACCAAUUCUGUAUUCCAGGGGGCUGAGGGCUUGGCCUUUCCAUGCCUCAGAAUGUGGUUGAUUUGUAAUUGGAAAAUAAUAUCAAGGGUACCAAUAUGUUUGUAGAUGACAAAAUAUUUCAACACUGAAUUGUUUAUAAGCAAAAUGAAACUAUUACUUUCUGAGUGUUAAGUUUUCUUAAUUUGUCUGAUUCGACUAUGUAAAGUGUGCUCUGAAUAUUUUGUUCUUGCUACUACAUUUGUUCUACUAUUGUCAAUGAAAAGGGUCAGGUAAGAAAUAAAUACACCCCUGUGACUAAAAAUAGAUUUCUAAAUGGUGCCAAGAUGAUGAGUCAUACAUAUCAAUCUACAAUCAAUCUAUUGCAUGUUUUCACAGUAUUAAUUGUUUGUUUUUACUACCCGGUAAUUUAAAUUAUUUCCUGUCAAAACAAAAUCUCAAUAAAGAUUAUAAAUAUCAAA